AUGAAACUACGUCUUCAAGAAAGAAAAGCAUCACCAUUGUUACAAUAUGGCACAUUACAACUUUUAUUUCUAAAUCUAAGUGAAGGAGAAACAAACAAACAAACAAAUUUUAAUGGUUCUCAUGAGAAUCUGCAAAAACGUUUUGUUGAAAAUGAAAUAAAGAAAAACAGAGAAACUAAUAUCACAGAAGCCUCCAAAUAA